AAUAAACAAACACAUGCCAAACAACAAGCACAACAAACAAACAACAACAACUGAUUGAUCUUCACUGAGUGAAACUAAAACCACAAAAACAUUUUAAUCUUUGUGACGUUGAGAUGUUUUAAGGUUUAAUCUGAGAAACUCAAACAAAUAAAAUAAAAACAAACUGAAGCAUCUUGAAACAGAUCACCAGAUCCAGAUCCAGGUCCAGAUCCAGAUCUCAUGAGAUCUGUUACACAUCAGAGUCUGUGAUGGACAUGAUCCAGGAGAAUUUUUCAGCUGGUCUCAGCUGGUCUCAGCUGGUCUCAGUUGGCCUCAGCUGGUCUUGGAUGGUCUCAGCUGGUCUCAGCUGGUCUCAGCUGGUCUUGGAUGGUCUCUGCUGGUCUUGGAUGGUCUCAGCUGGUCUCAGCUGGUCUCAGCUGGUCUUGGAUGAUCUCAGCUGGUCUUGGAUGGUCUCAGCUGGUCUUGGAUGGUCUCAGCUGGUCUCAGCUGGUCUUGGAUGGUCUCAGCUGGUCUCAGCUGGUAUUGGAUGGUCUCAGCUGGUCUCAGCUGGUCUCCGCUGGUAUUGGAUGGUCUCAGCUGGUCUCAGCUGGUCUUGGAUGGUCUCAGCUGUUAUUGGAUGGUCUCAGCUGGUCUCCGCUGGUAUUGGAUGGUCUCAGCUGCUCUCAGCUGGUCUUGAAUGGUCUCAGCUGCUCUCAGCUGGUCUUGGAUGGUCUCAGCUGGCCUCCGCUGGCAUUGGAUGGUCUCAGCUGGUCUCCGCUGGCAUUGGAUGGUCUCAGCUGGUCUCAGCUGGUAGUGGAUGGUCUCAGCUGGCCUCCGCUGGCAUUGGAUGGUCUCAGCUGGUCUCCGCUGGCAUUGGAUGGUCUCAGCUGGUCUCAGCUGGUAGUGGAUGGUCUCAGCUGGUCUCCGCUGGCAUUGGAUGGUCUCAGCUGCUCUCAGCUGGUCUUGGAUGGUCUCAGCUGGUAGUGGAUGGUCUCAGCUGCUCUCAGCUGGUCUUGGAUGGUCUCAGCUGGUCUUGGAUGGUCUCAGCUGGUCUUGGAUGGUCUCAGACAGAUCCACACCUGAAUCAGAACUCCUUUAAACUGGUUUUCAUCACAGAUAAGUUCUUUAACAUUAAAAACCCUCUCUGUCCAUCUUCCAUCUUCUAGUUUCCACCAAAGGUCAGAAGGAUCCUGAUGAGUGGAUCUUCUCUGACCCUGUUCCUGUCUCAGUCUGACACCAACCCUGGUUCUGUGCAUGGAUACCUUCAGCUCCUAGCAGUAAAAGCCCUACAGGUGGUCCAGAACCUGUGAAGAUCUGCUCCUCAGGCAGAGUCCACCUGAGAACUCAACAGUUUCUAAAAACAGAGUUUCAC